UCAAUAACCAAAGCUAAAACCUUUUUCUGUCAUCUUCAGGGUGUUGGUACGGACCCCCACAGUGCCUUGGCUCUGCCCUCUGACUCCAAGUGGCACAAAGAAAAAGCAGAGGAUCCCCCGUUCCAGUUCCUGGACUCUGAUGAUAUGACCAUCAGCAUAGGUAGAGCUGGACAUCUCUCAGAUAAAAUUGAGAAUGGAGACGUCUACCAGAGAAGGAAAGGACUUCCUUCGAGCAGCUCGGAUGGACAUGAAACAGGAAGUAAACAACAGGAAGUGGCUGAACAGAGAGGCAGCAGCUGGCGGCGAAUUCUUCUCCUCAUCCUAGCCAUCACUAUCCACAACAUCCCGGAGGGCUUGGCAGUAGGUGUUGGUUUUGGAGCUGUAGGAAAGACAACAUCUGCUACCUUUGAGAGUGCCAGAAAUUUGGCCAUUGGUAUCGGAAUCCAGAAUUUCCCUGAAGGGCUGGCAGUGAGCCUGCCCCUCCGCGGGUCAGGGGUCUCAACAUGGACAGCCUUCUGGUAUGGUCAGCUUAGCGGUAUGGUGGAGCCUAUUGCCGGGCUGCUCGGCGCCGUAGCUGUUGUUCUGGCAGAACCUCUAUUGCCGUACGCGUUGGCAUUUGCUGCCGGAGCGAUGGUCUAUGUGGUGGUGGAUGACAUCAUACCUGAGGCGCAAGUCAGUGGAAAUGGAAAGCUGGCAUCCUGGACCUCCAUCCUAGGCUUUGUAGUGAUGAUGUCACUAGAUGUGGGUCUAGGCUGAGAUCACCGUGAGGACCGGCGAUCCCUCACAGGACAUGAUGUCGUCAUCAUGAUGCAACUUGUAUUUUAAGUAAAAGGGGGACCAAAAUUAGUGUUUGAUUCUUAAACACUGUUUAUGCAUUUAGUUUUAAUUGCUGAUCAUAAAAUUGAUCAGGUUUGGAAGGAUGAUCAUACUUGAACUUAACUUUUGUCAUUCACAUUUUAACAGUGAUUUCCUGAGAGCAGCUGACAUGUUUUUCAUGUCUGAUAUUUCAUUAAGGAAUUAAUUUCUGAAUAUUUAAAUGAAUAUUCAUAUUCCAGGGCUGGAGAAUGUUUUGUUGGGACUUUGUAGCUUUUAAGUUUAGAAACAAUAUUAUAAGUACAGAUAAUUUCUGUUCUCUUAAGUUAAAAUGAAUGUGUUGGGUUUUGUUUCGUCCAUUUCCCUAAUGAUCACGAUACUUGAACUCUGGUGUUUGGCUUGCUGUUGUAUGGGAGUGAAAAUAAAUAAUUACAACAUUUCUA